ACAACUGCCGCGGUUCGUUGUAGUUAUAGCUGUGGCUGUUCUAGCUAGCCGGAUUAAACUAAAAUAAGGGCUUUUUUACUGGGGCUCUUGCACUGAGAUUGUCAGGCGGAUACUAAAGAAACGAGGCUAUUUAUUUGUAGACUUUUCUGGGGUCAAAUAAGCAGCAGCAGCAGCUAAGAGGGCUAGCUAGCGGUGACGUUAGCUUUGAACGGUGACUGGCUUUUUAAAUAACCUAGCUAGUUAGCUAAACGUUAGCCCGAUCAACCGAGGGAAAGUAAGAGCCAGUUAGCUUAUGUGUCUGUGUAGUUAAUUAAACCAGAUUAGUAUCUAAGUGUUGCCAAAAUGGCUUCUAGUAUCACAUCUAUAUUCAACACAAUUAGCUAGCUAAGAAGGGUGAGUUUAAGCUAACUCCGUUGAUAGGCCAUCAGCUGACAGGAAACAAGCUAACAAGGGUCCUCCAGUCUGGUCAGAGCAAAUACAAAAGGAAACACGUCGAGAUUGAUUCAGUGUCAUCAUAUGUUGACUGAAAACAGGAAACGGCAGCGCAGCGGUGGUGAUGAGGAGAAUGGCCACCUCGUGCCUCAAGCCAAAAGGCAAAGCAGAGCUCAUCCUCUGUCUCCGGAGCCAGGCCGGGAUGCCUGGGACUCUGAGUCAUCCAACAGCGAGAGCAGCAGCAGUCCAGAACAUGCGGCUGGCAGCUGUGGCAGUCAGUGCGCCGUUGGCCCCUGCAGUCCCCUCGGCUCCGGUGACUCCUCAGACCUGGCCGGCCCUACAAGCCUGGUGUCCUACCUGCAGAUCAACCGCAUCCUGAAGCAGGCCCACUUCCAGAGCAUGCAGAUCCGAUGUCAGCUCAGAGACACAUGAUGACCUAACGUCUCUCAUUGUGAGCCACCAGAGGACUGAGUCCCUGAGGCAGGCCAGAGCACCAACACGCUGACUCACUUCACUCAGCUCUUCCCAUCCAUCUCCAGUUACUGUGAUGUCUCGCAGCUCUACAUAUCUGUGGAUGGAGACCAGCUCCUGGUCAGGUAUCUGGAGGGGGUUCAUCAUUCAAAUAAAUCAAAAGUGAUCAUCAUUUUAGCAAUAAUAACUGUGUGAUCAACUCAAACAAUUUUUGUGAUCCACUUGAUUUCUGACCAGUCCGGUUAACGUACUGCUCUCGGAGCCUUAUUGUGACUGACUGAUGAUGACGAAUCCCUGUGUUUUGUCUUAAAUGUUGUAUGAAAACUGUGCUACUGGAGAUGCUGUAGUGGCACCAAACACAAUUUUAGGCCGGUCAGUGUGACUCGUUUAGUCUCCUAGUAGGGUGCUUGGGUAGUAUAAUGCUGAAUCUGAUGUCUGUGUAAGAACAUGGACCAGUCUCAGGGAGGAUUUGCACUUGUCUUGGACGGCUCAUUUGCUUUCAUAUUCAGACAGGGGCCCCUUUACAAGGACCUGUAGAAGCCAUGGGUGUUAACUUGGCCAAUGAGGUUAUAUUUAAUGUCCUUAUUUUGUUAGUUUAUAGAGUUUUUUUUUGUUUUUUUUUGAUUUCAGUAAAAUUUAGUGGAGAGUCAGGCCAUAGAAUAAAUGAGUUGGUUUUAGCACAGUUUGCAUUUUAAAAGGCUUCAUAACACUGCAAGAUUGAAAAUAUUGAACACGUAUGCCAAUUUUCUGCAUUUCCAUGGUUAAAAAUGUGUGCGGUAUUUAUCCCAUAUUUAUUCAUUAGCACAGUAUGUUUUUUUUGUUCCUGAUGCGGAUUCAAAUUCCACAAUAGUUGAUUAUAAUAAAUAUUGUGCAGUCUUGGCAGUGGUAUGCACAGGUGUGGCUUUCUGGCAGUUUUAUUUUCUCCUGAUGCAUAGACUUAUUAUUUCAUGAUCUCGACAUAAGAGUCCUUUUUUGUUUUCUUGUGAUCACUUAAGUUUUUGAUGUUGACAUAACGUAUCUUGUCUUCUCAUGAUCAAUCAAUAAUUAGGCUGUAGAUUGUGAUAUGGGAAUAAUCGUCUAUACUCAAAUAUCACUGCUCAUAUUUGACAUCAGAAAUUAACACCUUAUUAUUAUAAAUUGAUUAAUUGCAACCAAAGAGAGAUCCCAUGUAAUAUCUGUAAUAUUUUCCCAUAUAGGGACUGAGGGUGCACCUGUGGUUUCAGCAGUUAUGUAACAACAUAAUGACCUUUGACACAAAGCAAUUUCCAGUUUAGAUUGUCUUUCAUGUAUGGAUUGUAGACAAUAACAACAUCUGGCAUGUCUUACUAAUAAUCAUCAGAGAAAACAUUGAUUAAUGUCCCAGUAGAUCAUAACAAAGCUUACUAUGUCGAGAUCAUGAGAGAAUAAUUUAGAAUAUUUUAGAUUAUUAUCAGAUUAGUUAGAUAAAGUGAGCAGUUAAGAUUAUUUGUGUUUUCUUGUGAUCAUGGGAAAAUGCAGUGAUCACAACAUUACCAGCUUUGUUUUCUCAUGACCACAAAGUAAAAACAUUUUGGGGGGGAUACCGUACAUCCUUUAGAAACAAAAAAGAUGUUUGCAAGGCUUUGUUUGCAAUAUUACUGGUGCCACUAAACGGCUGUUUUAAUUGCAGACAAGCCUUCCUGCCUGUGCGUGUGUGUGUGUGUGUGUGUGUGUGUGUGUGUGUGUGUUCUUGUGAACUGAACAUCCAGGUACAAGCACUGACCAUACGGCUGUGCGUCUCUCCUUUUGCGUCUCUCCUUAUUCUUAAACCAGGACUGGUUUCAUUGCUGAAGCCUCAUUCCAGGAGCAAGCUUGGCGUUUUUAUUUUUAAUUUUUGCAGACUGGUGUGUCAGAAAUAAAAGCAUUUUGAAGAUGUGGUUUUUAUUUUAUUUUUUCCAAUGAUAUAUUUUUUGUAUUUAGUAUUGUAAAUUACAUUAGCUCUGCCAUUGACUUUUUUUUUUUUUCUUGUAAA